UGGACUCAUUUGAUUUGAGCCUAUAUCUAUUUCAGAACUUAUUCAUAAUGAUCUCUAGUCUUACAUUGAGCUAUUAGAUUCCUGAAUUCUAUUGAUUCUGGUCUUCCAUAUGGCUACUGGCUUUAUCCAGAAACAACCCCAACAUCCUCAAGAUUUAGUGAGAGGUUGUUUCUAGAUGACACCCGUGUAUACCGCUGACAUGGGCUACUACGGGAUUAUCGUAAAAAGGGGAAAAAAAUUUGACGUAUCUAGCGUCUGAGAAUGGCCGUGUUCGACGGCAUUAAAACCGUGAUGUGUCAUGGGUAAAUUGUGACUGACUGGCUAAUCUACAACUAACAUUGAGUAGUUAUUUAUGAAGGAAGGUGAUUUGUAGAUUAGUCAGUCUCGUUUUUAAAAUAAAAAAAGAAUACAGUUUUUGGCAAACUGUACUUUUCGUAGCAGGUUUUGUAAAAUUAGGUUAAGAUUAGGAAAAGGGUUAGCUAAAAUGCACAAAAAAAUCUCAUUUUGAAACCAAAUUUGACAAAAGCUGUAACACCUUUAAAGUCGGCUGCAAUAUCAGUCCACCCAUUGGGCGUGUUCGAACAGAUCCAUUUUGUUAAGUCGGUGACCAUCGGCGGUAACGCCUUUCAAAGUGUUUUAUAUUAUGGGGAUAAAAAUUGUCCAACUUCAGUCUACAUGUUGAAUUCAUGAACUUAAACGAAAUAAUGCGAUUAAAGGCCACUAUGUUUUGACUGUCAUUUUCUGCAUUCGGUUUUCACCAACUUCAUUCUUCAGCCUGCAAUGUGGGAGGCUCUAUUGUCAACCAAUCAUUAGGGUGUUUUUGUUUGACCCACCUGAACAUGACCAAAGACAUGACUGAAACAGGAACAAUCUUUGCUGCGAUUCACAUUUACAUUACAUUUAAGUCAUUUAGCAGACGCUCUUAUCCAUACAGUGGAUAUAAACAAAUGAAUGAUAUUUGAGGCUCUCUCAAUGAUUGUACACACAGGAGUUUUUGAGUGUGUGAUAUGGGGGACAGAGGCAUGUUAAUUUCGACAUUAUAAAGAAACUUUUAUAAACAUUGGCAACACUGCCAUGUUCAUCUGUACCUUGCUGUUGGAAAACCACAGUCCGACUUUCAGCUGUCGCAAAUGCACCUUCCCAGACUUCACUCCUCGACUUUCAUCUACAUUCGGUUGCUUUCCUCUUACCACUCAAUCGAGCCCAUAGUCAUGGAUCAGGUGAGAGAGGACGAGCCAGAGGUUUCACUCUUGCCAAAAUAAACAAAGGCGUUUCUAUGGGCUUAUUUUGGGCCUAAGCUUGUCUCCUGCCUUUGGGACAACUUCCAUUGUUAGGGUGGAGACAAAAGCAUCUCAUUAUAUACAGCUCCCUGAUCAGGUGCAGAUAAUGGCCUUGUUCGAGAGGCUCAAAACCACAAUGUAUUGUGGGUAAAUUGUGACUGACUGAUCUACAAAUAAUAAUGAGUGUUAUUUAUGAUUUGUAGAUCAGUCAGUCAGUAGUUGUUUUGAUGCGCUCAAACACGGCCAUUGUCACAGUGUCGCUUCAACCCCUCUACUUACCAAAGGAUUAGUGUCUAUAUAAUUUUUUCUUUAUUUAACCUUAAUUUAAGUAGGCUAGUCAGCUAUAUUGGAGUAGCCUAUUAGCAUUCAGAGUGAAACACAUAUGUAACACAUAGAACGAGUUUUCCUGCAGUUUUAAUUUCCCUCCUAUUUUACCCUUAUGCAUAAGAUUCUAGGUAGGAUUGUUAUAUCAAUGUGGUUCCUGAGAUGACUACGCAUUGUGAUAUGAGUAAUUUGCGCCGAAAAUGUGUAUCUGGAACGCACCCAGAAUCUACGCAUUCUACGUUUCUCGACUGUUUACUAGCCAUCGGACUACGAUUUGGAAACAUUGCCUAAAACGCCAAUACGGUGGUAUUUUAUUCACAAAAUGACAAAGUUGAAGCUGCUAAAUGUGUUUUUAAGUGAGAGGUUAGCUGCAGCUGCUAAAGAAAUAUUUAUAGAGGUGGAAAAUAUUUUAAUCGAAUACCAGGAAGAAAUCACUCGUUCAAAGGCAGAGAAUGACCGUCUUCGCGGGCUACUGGACGUCGCUUUCCAGUUUACGCCAGCACAACAGCCCAUUCAGCUUAUAGCCUCUGAUGAGGAGGUUUCCCCUAAGCAUCAGCAGCACUGUGAACAAGAGUGGAGCCCCAGUCUGGGCCAGGAGGACCCAGAGCCAACACAGUUUAAAGAGGAACAGGAGCUCAGGACCAGUCAGUUGGAAGAUCAAGUUCAAGGGCUGGAAUCGGAUACAGAAUCCAUAUUCACUCAUUCCUGUGUGAAAAGUGACUAUAAUCAGGAUUCGCCUCAGCCCUUAAAUCUUUACCAAAUUCAAACUGUGGAGGUUGGAGAGGGAAACUCUCCGUCUCUCCCCGCCAACAAAACUGAAGCAAUCAAACCAGAACCCGAAGGAGAGGGCUUUGAAAUAUCCGAUCCAAGCAAUCCACAAUCCUUCUAUGCCAUGAAUCUAGACAAUGCUGAAGCUCAGAGUGAAAAUGGUAUAUAUUUCAAUGAGAUAGACAGUGAUGGACUUCCCUCUGAGUUUGAGGUACCACAGCCAAAUCAACCAAGGAGUGCCAGGAGAGGGCAAAAAAUAUGCACAGCGAAGACUGUGAAAAAGAGCCCUGAUGAGAAGCCGUACCAGUGCAACGUCUGUGGGAAAAGUUUUCAUCACAUGUCCAAACUUAGAACACAUCUACGGGUACACACAGGAGAGAAGCCAUUCAGCUGUCCAGAGUGUGGGAAAUGUUUCAGCCAGUCUGGCGAAGUCAACAGACACCUUAAAACACACAAUCGGCACAGGGCCUAUUUAUCCGGCCUAUGAGGGAGAUGCACCCUCUCUCGUGUCGAACUAUGAAUAAAAAAUAAUAAAGAUGGCUGUUUUUUGUUUGAAAACAAGUGUUCUUGCUAUUUAUUUAUAGGGGUGGGAGAUAUUAUGCCUACCAUUACACUCAGUUCAGCAGGACAUCAUUUGUUUGUUUGACCUGUGGCAGUUGAAAUAGUAUUAGCCAAAAUUGACUCCAAUUGUAAUACAGUCUUGUUUACCAAUGUACACAUGAAAUCCAUUCAGAAACAUAUUUGGAUUGACUCACUCUUGGCACUCAUUGGACCCUAAAUGUAGGCCUAAUCUCUGUUCAUGUUGUGGUAUGAAUAGUGUUGCUUAAAACAGAAAAUGUGACUAUUGUACAUGAAUGUCUUUAUUGCAUAUUUUGUGGUGUUUGAACAUGUCUGUUUUCCAUUGGGGUGUUUCAUAGCCAUUAGUAUUGCUUGACUUGGACUUGCUACGUCAAUCUGAAGGCCCUUCAGAUCUUGGACCCUGGAGAUCACAGGACAGGGCAUGGUCGAAAAAUGUCCUAAGCAUUCAUUGCACUGCUAGCCAACUGUAUUUUAAAACAUUUUUGAUUUGGAAUCAGGGAGAUUAUCACAGAGAUCCUAUAAAAUAUAUGGAUUCUAAAGGAAUGCUAAUCUUAUCAAACUGUUUAUCGCUCAAUCACACAGACCAUGUGUUAUGUUGUUCUUGCAUUGGUUUACGCAUGGACAUGAACUGUAUUUAUAUUACUUUAGCAAAUUUGGGUGGUAGCCUCGACCGGGAAUCAAACCCGAUUCAAGCUACUGUCAGUGGGCCAAACCUCUUGAAUAGGGUUGAUAGGUGUUGGGUUAAGAUCACUGCACUAACCCCUUCCUUCGGGAGAGCAUGUCCCCACACUUCUAUGUACCGAGUCCCUCACGUGGAUACGCCUCUCCGAUGGCCCCACAGGCUUCCAUCCUACUUCUGACACCAAUAUAGCAAAUUUGGGGGGUAUCCCUGACCAGGACUUGGUCCAGCCCGGGUCCAGCGACUGUAAAGCCAACACCUUAAACGUUAAAGGGAUACUUCAAAAUUUUGUCAAUGAUGCCCUUUAUCUACUUCCCCAGACGAACUCGUGGAUACCAUUUUUAUGUCUCAGUAGCUAGGUUUCCUUCCAAUUUGCAACAGAUUUUCAUGCAAAUAUUAAAAAAAAAAUCUGCAUAAAAACAAUCUGCAUAUUUUCCCGGCAGAGAUGUGUUUCCAUCAAAUUGACUUGUUGCAGAUAAAAGGCUGUGCAUGAUGACGAAGUGCCCAUCAAAAAACCUAUUGCGGUUAAAUAAAAAAAAUGCAAGUUCAAAUUGCUUUCCACCGCAUUUUCACUGAAUGUUUUCUCACAAAAAAAAAUGUAUAUA